CUUUUUGAUCUCUAUGUCAGUUUUGGGUGGUAGAGGUAUAGCGACUAACAACUAUUCGAAUUGAAUUUGAAACCUCAAAGCUGAAAUAAUUUCAACCUCUAAUUUUUAUGUUCCAUGGAUUCAAAAUAUCUAUAUAUAAAUUUUCAACCAAGGCAUUCAGGUGAUCCACAACUUUAGGUGAUUCUUGAUAGGAGGGUGUGAAUGGUCAAAUAUUAGGAUAGAAGCUCAGAUGGAUAUAAAAGUUUUGCAAGUCGGACAGGAGCUAAUGAAGGAAACUCUUCCAUUACAAUCUGGAUCGAGACUAUAUGAACUGCAAGGGUUGAAUUCCAAUAAGUGGUAUGAAGUGAAGAUCUCAUAUCCUGCUUCUAUACCAGCUACUUUUACUCUACAACUAAGUAAAGGAGGUUCAGGGCUAAAUGUUGGUAGGAAGUUACUGAAUACUGAAAAGAUUAUUUUUCGCGCGGACAACAGUCUUCAAUUGCUUGGUGACAAGGGCGGAAUGUUUGUCCUGGUAAAUGUGGAGCCUGAGGGAAUUGUUGCAAUACCUGGGGUAAAGGAGAGGAAACACAUCAUAUAUAAUAUAGUAUGUGAUGAGCUACUAUUUGGCAUCCCUCACCAAGCAUGGUAUGUCGUAGUGUUUGUGGUGCUCUGCUUGGCACUAGCCCUUGUAAUCCCGUCAUUUCUUCCGUCAUAUCUUCUACCAAGGAAUCAAGGAUUAGAUGCUGCUAAUCAUGGGGGAUUAGCUGCAACAUUGUGGUUGUAUAGGAAAGCCCGUGAGCAACACCUGUUUGCUGCAGACCAACCUGAUUUUGCUAGGAUGAGGAUUGCAAGCAAAGCUUGGGAUAUGAAGGAAAGAGCUAAAGAGGGUGGACAAUUUGUGCAGAACAAAGCCCAGGAGAAUACUGAAGCCUAAUAAUAUGGAGUGUUAUCAAGUGCAAUUUGUGUUUACCUUAUCUUAGACUUUGUGAGUAAUAUCCUAAUAAUAAAGAGGGGAGAGAGAAUGUCUCUGUUGUUCCUACUGAUCUUGGCAUAGAGUUCUCUCUGUUACCACUCUUGUUUCGAUGAUUGUUACGUAUUGUUUCAUUGUAUCGUAUUUGUUGUAUUGUAUUGUUUUAAUGAAUACAAUGUUUAAAUAGAUUGUA